AUGUCGCACGAACAUCUCGUCAAGGGGUCAAGUUUGAGUCGCCAAUUGCUGAGAUGCCCCCCCGGGAAAUAUGAUCGGGAGGAGAGGCUGCAACAUCGCUACACCCGCAAGAUGGAUUUUGCUGGACUUUGUCUGCUUUCUAUUUUGUACAUCUCCAUUUUGAGCACAUCGACCAACGAUAUCCCGGACGUACUCCUGCACCCGAUGUUCGCAUGUCAGCUUCUGACGGCCAUCAUUUCCGUAUACAAUUUGUAUGUUGAAAUUCAUGUUUUACCUCGUGGCACAAAAGAGGCGGCUGAUGAUUUCCGAGUUACCUAUGGGCCAUUUGGUCGAUGGGUCUAUUUGACUCACCAGACCAUUGGAUUAUUGGCAGUGCAUUCUGUCAUAUCGGUUUUGGCACCAUGUCUCAGUCAGCGCUUGGCAUACGGCACUUACACUGCUGCUCCUGUUGUUGGAGCUACUGGUGUGUUCGUGACUGUCCAGUACUUCAAUUUGGUUUUCUCCCAUCCGGACCACAAGCAAAAUUGCAGAGUGUGGGCGGCAAGGGGAUUUCGCUUUGGCUUCGUGGAUGGUUUGCGGCAUUCUUUGCCUAUUGUUAUAGCAGUGUUGGAUAUGGUAGCCAGGGACAGCCACGCACUCUCAGCUGCCAUGCCAUCAGCAUUCCACACCUUAUGUAUUCAUGCGGUGUACAUGCUGAUGUUUCUCUGCAUGGUCCACACCAAUCAUGCAAUUACCGGCUGCUGGCCGUAUGGAUUCAUGAAAGAACUUGGCAGCCAUGUGUGGAAGUGGCUGGCGUUUGCGGCAGUGCAAGGCAUGUUGCUCUCCGCGUGUGCCUCAUUCCUAUACUUUCUUGGGCGCUCUGAGCGGUGGUUGUGA